AGGGAGGAGUCGGGGAAGGUGUUUAUAGAAUCCAUUUUACUUUUCAUUAUCCUGCUGUUAUUUUGACAGGUAAUUAAUUCAAUUCCUAUCCCCAUCGGUAUGUGUUGUCUGUGAGUGUCGUCCCUGGCGCGGCCGGCGAUGCUGAGCCUGAUGCAGCCCGCACACGGACGGCCCUCCCGGCUGCGAGGGCACCGUUGACUCAGGUCCACACGGGCAUCGAUCAGCAUCCCCAGGCCCCUUGCCGCAGCUGCUCUCCAGCCUCUGCUUUCCCAGUGUAUACACACAGGCAGGGUGCCUGGAAGAGGAGGAGGAAGAGGAGAAGAAGGAGCGAACACGGAGAAGCAGGGGGAGGACGCAUGAAAGACGACGAGGAGAUUUAUCAUUCCCUAACUUUGGCCAGAUGGAGGAGGAGACUGAGAGGAAGAGGAAGAUGCUCUGGGACACCCAGGCAGGGAAUGACCUGCACACAGAGACCAGGGAAGACAAAUCCCCAUGUCAGAACCUUGUGGAAGAGUCUGUUUUAAACAGCUCCACGGCACAGGAAGUCAGCAAGGAGGAAAAGCCCCAGAGAUCCCCCAUGAGGCACAGCUUCAAACCCAGCCCAGGGAGCUCUGAGGAGGAAAGACCCACCCUGUGCCAGGAAGACAGCCAGAGCUCAGAGCUGGUGAUCCACGAGCAGCUUCAUGGCAGGGAGAAGCCCUACAAGUGCUUGGAGUGUGGGAAGAGCUUCAGCUGGAGCUCUCACCUGAUCCGCCACCAGAAGAUCCACACUGGGGAACGGCCCUACGAGUGUGGGGAGUGUGGGAAGAGCUUCAGCCAGAGCUCUGACCUGGUGGUCCACCAGCGCCUUCACACUGGGGAACGCCCCUACAAGUGCUUGGAAUGUGGGAAGAGCUUCAGCAAGAGGUCCAGCCUCACAUACCACCAGCGCUUCCACACUGGGGAACGGCCACAUAUUUGCUUGGACUGUGGGAAGGGCUUUAUCCAGAGCUCCCACCUCAUCAGCCACCGCCGGCUGCACACCGGGGAACGGCCAUAUAACUGCUUGGAAUGUGGGAAGAGCUUCAACCGCAGCUUCAGCCUUGUCAUCCACCAGCGUGUCCACACCGGGGAGCGGCCCUAUGAGUGUCCUGAGUGUGGGAAGAGGUUUCAGACCAGCUCCGAUCUCCUCAUGCAUCGGCGGAUGCACACAGAGGAGAGGCCCUUCCACUGCACUGAUUGUAGGAAGGGCUUCAUCCGUAGCUCUGACCUAGUCAAGCACUGGCGCAUCCACACUGGGGAGAGGCCCUACAGGUGCUUGAAGUGUGGGAAGACCUUCACCCAGAGUUCUGCUUUUGCCUGCCUGGUCUGCCACCAGAGCAUCCACACUGGGGAACAGCCCUACAAAUGCUUGGAAUGUGGGAAGGGCUUCAGCCGGAGCUUCCACCUCCUCCGCCACCGGAUGAUCCACACAGGGGAACGCCCCUAUGAAUGCUUGGAAUGUGGGAAGAGCUUCAGCAGGAGCUCCUGUCUGAUCCGCCAUCUGGUAAUUCACACAGGGGAACGGCCCUACAAGUGCAAGGAAUGUGGGAAAAGCUUCAAUGACCGCUCCAACCUCCUCACCCAUCAGCGCCUGCACUCCAAGGAACGGCCCUUUGAGGGUGGGGGGUGUGGGGAGAGGUUCAGCACCAGCUCUGACCUGAUCCAGCACCAGAAGAUCCACAGUGGAGAACGGCCCUAUGAGUGUCCUGAGUGUGCAAAGAGAUUUCGGACCAGCUCCCAUCUCCUCCUGCAUCAGCGCAUUCACACAGACGAGCGGCCCUUCCGCUGCCCCGACUGCGGGAAGGGCUUCAAACGCAACUCCCACCUCACCCUGCACCGGCGCACCCACACCGGGGAGAGGCCCUACGAGUGUGAGGAGUGUGGGAAAAGCUUCUCCAGCAGCUCUGGCUUGACCCAACACCAACAGUCCCACUUGUAAUGCAGGUCAUGCUGUGGAGGCCCAGGGGCCCAGCGUUGGAGCCCUGCAAGGGCAAAGGUGACGAGGGUCAGAGAGAGACAGCCCUCUGAAUACAAUGGUCUUACCCAUAGGUGUUUGCAGGCUCGUGUUAAUGCAGCAGGCUUCGUUGGUAUCACCCGGUUCAACUGCCGUUUUUUCCUUAUAUGUACUCCCCCUAGAAUGAUCUCCUUUCUCUUGUCCCCUGUUGGUCCCGGUUUACUGCAAUGCUCUGCCCCUGUUGCCUCAUUGGUUCCCCAGGUGGCUGCCCCUCGUCUGUGUUGUUUGUACUCAGUUCCCAUUGGCCCUUGACCCUCAGAUCCGCCUCUUCCCCCCCCCCC